UGUUUUAUUGUGCAUUCAUUCUGUUUCAUUCGGAGAAAUCAAUUAUAUUCGGUGUACUACUAACUGUUUGUUAACUAAUUCUAACACAAUCUAGCUCUGACAUUUGUAGGAAACAAACCCAAACAUAUGUACACACACACGCACUGCAUAAGCGCACAUGUUUGCCUCAUCAGCACACAACAACACGCACCACUAAUAACGUUUUGCUAACCAUUUGCCAUUGCCCUGACACGAUCCCAACCAUUCCUUCCCAUCUUCCGUAGCGAACCGUCCGUUGAAUGACGGCAACGGUUUAUCAUAGGACGGACGGUAUACGACGACCGACCGACCAACAAGCGCCUAGCGCCCCGGGACGACCUUAACAGCGACUGCAGGCAGCAUUCUGUUUGGUGCCGUGACCAGGAUGAGAAAGUGAUUUGACCUUUAUGUGUGAUACGUUACGCAUCCUACCGUUGACAAUACACGUUUGCUAAAAAAAAGGCUAGUUACUAAUUACCAGUACGUAAACAACAGCAGUAACAAACACAUGACACGACUGAUACUGAAGCCACGGAAAGUAUGAGCGUAAGGGCGAUUUUUUAAACCGUCGAACGGGGCAGUACGCAUUUGAUGAUUUUCUACCGUGCGACUCGAUUUAGCUUGCGAUCACUGUUGCACGUGCAAAAGGUUCGGGCAGAGUUUGUAAAGCGAUUUUGUGGCAGAAAUCAACCAGCUACUAAAGCGAAAGAGACAUACCCGCCUAGUAUGGGUACGGCGAACGACAAUCAUUUAAGACGUACGGAUGAACAGCAGCAGCAGCAGCAGCGACACCACCAUCACCAUCACAGGCGGUCGCAAAAUCAGCGCCAGCAGCAACGGGCCUCGGAGGGCAAAAGUGCGCCACCGGCCGAACAGGCGGUGUCGAAAAACGGUGCCAUCGUAGCUAAAGGGCGCACGAAGCAAUCGAAAGGCGACGAACCCGACGAUUGGCAGUACCCAUUUCAGCAACAGCAACGGGAAGAACCCGCCUGGAACGCUAAAGAACGUACGAACGAGCGGGAAUGGGGUGGUUUUAAGAAACCCGGACUGAAGUAUCCCGAGUCGGAUGAUUGCGAUUCCCUGCCGCCACCACCACCACCGGACGACGAUUCUUACUUUGAUGAUGAUGAUCGGCUUUCACACGGUCACCACCAUCACCAUCACCACCAUCACCAGCUACACCAGCAACAGCAACAGCAUCUGGACGCGAGCCUCAAGAAGGAUAGGAAGUUGCGCUCGAACUCGGACAGCUCCAACACUACUAGUCAUAAGAACGGUGCGGCACAUGGGCUCGGUGGCGGAGGCAAGACGGCGAACGGAGGACACGGCCAUCAUCAUCACCAUCACCAUCAUCAUCAUCACAGCCGGUCGGCGAUGCACCCGAAGAGUAGCCGGGCGGAAUCGGUCCUGUCAAGCGAUUCGGACAUCCGGUUUACCCGCCGCAAGCUCGGUGACAAUCAGAAAUGUGGCUGUGCGCUCAUUGCUGGCUUUCUGCUAAUUUUGCUGUGCGCGGGUGCGAUCGUAUACGUUGGAUAUACGUAUUUACGGCCGGAGCCAUUACCCGACCGAAUAUUUCGGGCACGUUUGCGAGUGAUCGAGGGUGACCGGUGGACGCCGGAGUUGGCAGAUCAGAACACGCUGCGGUUUCAGCAUCGUGCACGGGAUUACCGGGAACGCAUCAAUCUCAUCAUGCGUCGUUCGGAUCUGCGCGAACCGUUCGAGGGUAGUGAAAUUCUCGCACUGGAUGGGAACGAGGAACCGGGUGAUCUGACGCUACAUUUCGCACUGUACUUUGAUCCGUACGCUGAGUUGGUAUCGGCCGCCGACUUACGUUCUAUACUGCUGGAGGAGAUUACUGGCCAGGAGCGGAAGUACUUCCGAAAUCUGACAAUCGAUCCGAACAGUCUGGUGAUCAAGGAGGUCUCGGGUACGGGUGAUGAUAUCGUCGGUACGUCCUCCUCACCGUUGGGUGGCAAAGAUGAGGUUACGGUGGAAAUCGUAACGACCGCCCGUCCACCAAGAAAGUGUGAACCGCUCCGGCUAGGCUAUUGCCGUUCGGUCGGGUACAAUGUGACGACCUAUCCGAACUUCUUCGGCCAUGGAUCGCUUGAGGAGGUUGAGGCAGACUUGAUCUCCUUCCGGGAGCUCGUCGAUGCGGAAUGUUUCCGGCAGGCAUUCGACUUUAUCUGCCGACUAUUGCAGCCACCGUGUGAGUAUCGUACACUGGAGGAACCAACACCCGGCACAGUUUGCCGACAGUACUGUCAGGCAUUUUGGGCUGGUUGUGGUGAACGAUUGCCGGAGCGUCUUCGCCGUUACCUGGACUGUGAACGCUUCCCCGAAUCGACCGGUGUACAGUCGUGUCAUAGUAAACCAGGCUGUACCGGUGAACUGCAGGCAAAUGCGUUGUCAUCUCGAUUGUGUGAUGGAGUCGCCGACUGUGCUGAUUUGUCGGAUGAGAACACCUGUACCUUCUGUGCUUAUGGGGCUAUUUCGUGCGGUAGAAGUCGUGCGUGUUACGCACGCAAUGCACGCUGUGACGGAAAGCUUGACUGUCCCGAUGGAAGCGAUGAGAAGGAUUGCCUUUCAAUUUCACCACAAGUAAGCUUCCUCACAUUCCCACCGCCUAUUGUACCGUUCCGGCCACGGUUCUACUCGGAAGGAUAUGCGGUGUUUUCGGAGAAGGGUACCACCGGUAAGCUGUGUUCGGUUGGCAUGGAAGGUAACGAGUACGUGCGCAAUACUGUUGCGGAGUCACUGUGCAAGGCGCUCGGCUACGAGCGUGUCGAUUAUUCGGAGAUCCGCAACGAUACGGAACCGAACACUAGCUACGUGCGGGUAUUGGAUCCCCGUGCGUCCGAGAUUUCGUUCGUACGUACACAGUGCCAGAGCAAACAGUCGCUGUACGUUGCCUGUAGUCAUCUGGAGUGCGGCGUACAGUCUACGUUGCCCGCAACGCAAAGCAUCGGGCUAUCAAAGAUGGCUACACCGGGUGAUUGGCCGUGGCACGUUGCCCUGCUGCGUGCAGAUACACACGUCUGCGAUGGAACGUUGGUCUCUAAGGAUUGGGUGCUCACAACCGAGUCAUGCUUCCAAGGACAGGCAAAAGCAACAUGGAUGGCAGUGUUUGGAGCAGUGCGGCUCUCUUCCAAUGCGCCCUGGACGCAACGGCGUCGCAUAAUCGGGAUGGUAAAGUCACCGGUAGAGGGCAGCACCGCAGCAAUGGUACGUCUGGAAACGCCUGUCAUCUAUUCGGACUUUGUUCGACCGAUCUGUCUGCCGGAUAUACCACUGAAGGAAACGAUCGAUCGCAGUGACAACAAUGUGACACCGACACCGCACGCGGAAAAGUAUUCCACCAGCAAGGGCGGCAAGGUGAGUGGGCGUAAAUUGAAGGAAUAUCGGCAGUAUUUCGAGAUGCCCGGAGAUGAUGAGCUGGCGACGGACGAGUAUGGUGAUCUGAACGAGGCAGCCAAAUACGUCAACCAGUACAGUGCCGACUUUACCGAUGAGCAGUAUCAUAUACCGAAGGCGGAAGCAGCGGUUGGUGCAACGCACGGCCGUACGACGGUCUCCUCCGUCCCUGGCGCGGGACCUGUUGGACCAGCGGCCUAUCCACUGCCGGCGAAUUCGCCCCAAACCAACAACUACAUCUCGGCGCUUAACUACAUCAGCUCGGGCGGUGUAGCAAAUGUUGGUGCGGGUGGUGCCGGCUUCCAGCAACCGACCAAACUCGGCAAGCAGAGCCAGUGGACGAACUGCAAUACACUCGGCUGGUCGCGUCAGCGUGAUCACCUGCAGCGGGUACAGCUGAAGCUGAUCGACAUGUCGCCGUGUGAGAAUAUUUCGAUCGCUACCGUAAAUAGUAUGUGUGCGGAGUCGGCAUACCACAAGCAGGAUUGUAGUGAGGAGGAGUUUGCCGGUAGUCCGGUGAUCUGUCUGCUACCGAGCGAUCGGCGCUGGGCGCUAGUUGGUAUAAGCUCCUGGCGUAUUGCCUGUGCACCAAAUGGUAUUGAGCGGCCCCGGAUGUAUGACAAAGUGAUACCGAAUACGCCCUGGAUUCGAGACACUAUUUCCGCAACGGUGACGUGAGCGUUAGGGUACCCACAC